AUGGACCCGCUGCACCUGGACCAGGAGAGUCAGGGGCCAGCGAUGGACCGCAGAGCCUGUGGCGCGCUCAUGGGCAGCCACUACCCCCUCAGCAGCAGCCGCAAGGUCCUGAGACCCCCUGUCACCGCCCCAAGACUUGUCCUACCAGGACGGUCGAACCCCAAUGGAUGGUGCCCCGCCACUCCUUGCGUCAGCCAUGCUCAACCCGGUUUUGAGUAUCCCCAUCCAACCAAUCUGGCUCCCAUCACUUCCGCUGGGGCGGACCCCGGAUACCAGACCCAUACCGCGCCGAGCCCUUACAGUUAUCCCCCUCGACCGGCCCACGAUAGCCGCAAUUCGUCCUCAACGCAUGGCUCGCCCUUUCCGCCCACGCAACCUCACCCGGUACCUUUGCCAUCUCAACAGAGCAAUGUGCCACCUCAGUCGAGUGCGACACCAACCCGGACCUGCACAUCCGGUGGCCGGCAACGAAGCGGAUUGAAUGUGCACGACAUGCUGAACGCAUGUGAUUCCACGGUUGAUACAGCACCCAUAGCGACGUGCUCGACGCGCUGA